AUGGCGCACGCGACGCGCGUCGUCGUCCCCGGCGGGGCGCGCGGCGUCGCCCCACCUCGCGUCGGCGUCGCGCGCCGCCGCCGCCUCCGUCCGCGCGCCGCCGCGAACGACGGCGUCGUCGCGGCGGAGUCGUCGCGAUCGUCGUCGUCCUCCUCCUCCGCCACUACCCUCUCCACCGCGCACGAUUCCGAGACGUGGCGCGCGUUCGUCGCCGCGGUCGCCGGCGAGUGGGGCGGCUGCGCCGUCAACUUCGACGCGUCCGGUACCCCCACGGACGUCCCGCUGCGCUACGUCCACGGCGUCGGGCGCGUCCCCGCGGCGAACAUGCCGUUCCGAGACGCCGUGUACAGCUGGCAGACCAAGUGCGAGAUCGUGGACGUCGGCGACGGCGCGGAAAUCUCCUCCAAGCGCGCGCUGCCGACGAUCGGGAACGAGGACGCGAUAUCGUCGUGCGGCGGCAGCGAGUGGGGCGAGGACGUCGCGCGCGUGGAGGACGAGCCGGUCGUGAUCCUCCGCGGGCGCGGGGAGGACAAGACGGUGACGAAACGCGGCGCCUUCUCCGCGGGCGCGCGACGCCUGACGUUCGCGAUGGAUGGCGCGGACGCGAUAAACGUCGUGCGAUUUUGCCUCGCGGACGAGUCCGGCGCGCGCGUGCGCGUUUCGCUGAGCGUUCGGAGGAAGACGAGCGACGACGGGUGGGAACUCGCGAGCGCGGAGGUGUGGAAGGAGCGGAAGGGGCAGUGCGUCCUGGACUUCAUCGGCGUCGAGGAGGAGGAGGAGGAGGAGGGGGAGGCUUUUGGGGUCGGCGGCGGAGAGUGGACGAUUGACCGCGACGCGUCUGCGCGGUUCGUCCUGUCGUGGCCGACUACCACGCCGGACGACGACGACGACGCGAACGGCGGGUCGACGUUCGCGGCGGUCGCGGUGGGCGAGGAGGAGGAGGAGGAGGAGGGCGGCGGGCGCGGCGAAGGGACGCUGAAGCUUCCCGCCGGCGGCGACGGCGACGUCGUCUGGGUCCGCGUCGGCGGCGGCGGCGGCGGCGUUGGCGACGCGCGCGUCGCGGUCGAGGCGGGGUGGAUCCCGGCCGGGUCCAAGCGGAGGCACGUCGGGCGGCGCGUGCACGAUGUCGCCACGGGGAGGCUGGAGGAGGUCAGUCUGACGACGAGCGAGCGACGCCGCCGCGGGUGA